GGAGGAGCCGCACCUUUCUGUGCACCGAGACGGGAAAGAGAACAGGGAUGCGCGUCGAGCAGCUCAGCUGAAAAACAGCGCUGGAUGCUCGGGCUCUUUGCGACGAAUCAGCCCCACAUUAGUAACAGGAGGAUGCCAGCAUGGUGCAGUCUCGGUGCUUCAUAAUCAAGGUCGAUCGGCAGCAGGACGACGGGAUGCUCUCGGAUGGUUAAGCCAUUGGAAUCGGGGGCUUAGGGUAGCAAACUCAAAAGGGCCAGUUAUGGCUCAUGGAAAAAAGCCAGGAAGCAUGUCCAAAGCCCUGGCCGCCGGCCCUCCGCUGUGCCCCGGUGCCGGACCCACAAAACCAAGCCAGGAGGAGCAAUCCGGGAGCGAGGAGACUCAGCGACCACCUUGUUCUUUGAGGAAUGACAGCGAUGACCAGCCGACUCCGCCCGCUCCUUCAAACCACUUUUACAUGAGCUGCGACCCGAGUCCGGAGGACAUGGAGGACGCCUGCUCCGAGUACGACAACGUGGGCUCGGACGUUGAGCAAGACUACAACGAGGUGCUGCAUGUGAACAGACAGGGGCCCGUCAACGUGAGGUAUUACAACCAGCACGCUUCUGGGGGCGUGCAGCGAGCUGAGGAGAGGAACGAGGAUCCCGCUGCCGACCAGAUCACCCAAAAGCCUCUUCAUAGCACCAAGAAAUGCGAACGGCCACGAUCAGAAGGUAAACCCUACAGGAUGGGUCACCGCUUUAAGUCGCACUGUGCCCCGAUUGCUGGCGAUGAAGCAGAGGGGGGGAUGAGAAUAAUUCAAGGGGACCGGUUCUUUUUCAACGACGGAGAGGAUUUUGAAGAGAUGCUGGACGGGGCCAGAUUCAUAGAGGAUUUAGACGAGGCAGAGAUAAACGCUCAAAGGCCCUCCAGCCUUUAUCAGGGCAUUGAGAGCGAACGAAUUAAAAAGGGAGCCCACGAAAGAAAAAGAGAAGAUGAAGCUCGCAUACCAAGAAAUCCAAGCGUGUCAGGAGCCGGUAAGAAGCCGGAGCCACCCCAUACGGGGCCGAAAGGGAAAGAGCGUCAAGGAAAAGGUCGGGGAAGGGGGGCAGCAGAGGACGAAACUAGGCACGUUGUCCCUGGGAUCAAAGGAGGGGGGAGCAGCAGCAGCAGCAGCGAGCAGCAUUCAAAGACUAUGUCCAAGAAGUCUGCAGUGAGGUCCAAAGAUCGGCCCGGUUCCAGCAAGCACCAUCAUCCUCCUCCAGCCCGUCACGCUCAGUCGCCCCUCGACCCCCAGCGGACCCUGCCUCACAGAGAGAGUCCUCCUGCUUUCGAGCCCCAUCCCUCAGCCGCUGACAAGCAGGAAAGUGAAUCCAGGCCGAGCAAAGCAGCCCUGGCUCCUCUUCACACAGCAGAACAACAGAGGGAGUCCCCCGAGGAGAGGCAGAGGGGUUCUGAGAAACCGGAGCAGGAUCAGGGUGAGAAGCCGAGCACAGCCAUGACGCCCGAGGAGGCGGCAGAGCAGCCAAUCGGGCCUCAAUGCCCAGAGCCGGUCUCUGGAGAGGAAAACAACUCUCCCAAGAAAUCACAGGAAGGGGCUGCUUUUCCCAGCUUUGAGGAUGUUUUAGUCCCAGGUCCGUGCGAGCCGGAGGAUCUCAUCGACGGGAUCAUCUUCGCUGCUAACUACCUAGGAUGCACUCAGGUGUUGUCUGAUAAGAAUCCGUCCAAGUCGGUGCGCAUGUCGCAGGCCCACAAAGCUGUCAGUCAAAUCAAGAGUCAAGAUGAGGACUCUCAGAUGAUGACUGAAGUGGACCUCUUCAUCUCCACUAAAGCUGUGAAAGUACUGAAUGCCGACACACAGGAGACAUUGAUGGACAGUGCCUUGCGGACCAUCUCCUACAUCGCUGACAUUGGCAGCAUCGUGGUUCUGAUGGCACGGAGACGCAUGUCCCAGGCUUCAUCAGAGGAUUUCUCCGAAUCAUCUGAUUCUGCCAGCGAAGGGAAGACUCAGUACAGAAUGAUCUGCUAUGUCUUUGAGUCAGAAGAUGCACAGCUGAUUGCACAGUCCAUCGGCCAAGCUUUUAGCGUGGCCUACAGAGAAUUCCUGCGGGCCAACGGCAUCAACCCGACCGACUUGAGCCACAAACAAUACAGUGACAUAAUCAACUCCCAGGAAAUGUACCACGAUGACCUCGUCCACUUCUCCAACUCCGAAAACCGCAAAGAGCUGUACGUGGAGAAACAGAAAGGUGAGAGCCUUGGCGUGGUGAUAGUGGAGUCCGGCUGGGGCUCCAUUCUGCCCACCGUCAUCCUCGCCAGCAUGCUGAACACCGGUCCCGCAGCUCGAUCCGGAAAACUCAGUGUGGGCGACCAGAUUAUGUCUAUCAACGACACAAGUCUGGUGGGACUGCCACUGGCCACCUGUCAGAGCAUCAUUAAGGGUUUGAAGAAUCAGGUGAAGGUAAAGCUGAGCAUUGUCAGCUGCCCCCCUGUUACUACCGUUCUCAUCAAGAGACCGGACCUCAAGUAUCAGCUCGGCUUCAGCGUCCAGAACGGAAUCAUCUGCAGCCUGAUGCGAGGCGGAAUUGCCGAGCGAGGCGGAGUCCGGGUCGGACAUAGAAUCAUCGAAAUAAAGGGGCAGAGUGUUGUUGCCAUGGCACACGAGAAGAUUGUUCAAACACUGUCUGUCUCAGUGGGGGAGAUCAACAUGAAGACGAUGCCUGCUGUGAUGUUCAGGCUCCUGACAGGACAAGAAACGCCGAUCUACAUAUAGAAACCCCGGCACGGGCCGGUCCUCCGGAGCUCUGGAUGUCCGGCUGUCGUCAGGUCGCCCAGCGGGAUGAAGGGAAUUUAUUUUUCUACCAUUUUAAAUUGUUUUGCUUCUUGUUGCAAUGCUGUAAAGAACAUCGUUUCCAGGUCUUAUAUUGAAUUACGUCAUCAUAAUGGCCUUAUAAUGUGAAUACCGUCUGUAGUACUGUACGUGAGGUAAUGGUGUCAAAGAAAAGUAGCUUUAUGGUCAUGAUUAUUUUCUUAUGAAGAGAUAAAUUAGCACAUUUAUUUUUAUUUAGUCAUUUUUAUAAUGCAUAUGGGGUUUAAAAAAAUGUAACUUCUACUGUAAAUACGUUGGGCUUUGUUGGGAAGGUCGUAACUACUCCUGCAAAAAUACAGUAUGCAUGUGAUUGUGGAGAAAUAACGGACCAGGAAUUCAGUCUCAAAUCUGACACGAUAAUCUAUUACAGUAUUAAAAGUCAACAAUAACAUGAUGUACAAAGGCACCAAACUCUGCAUCACGGUGCCGCUGAAGGCCAAAGACGCACCUCCUGGUUUAAGGUGAUACAGUACAAGUUGAGCGACAGAGAGUACAAGAAUGUAUCAAUAUACUCAUUACUGGAUGAAUGUAGUGACGAAAAAAUACACUUCUCUCCUAAACUCA